AGUGUAUCAAAAAUUGCAACAAUGAACUUCUUUGCUGUGUGCGCCUUCCUCCUGCUCGUCCUGGCUGCUGUCCAGGCAACUCCCGGUCAACUUGGAGGCCAUGGUGGACCCGUAGGACACGGACACGGUGGUCCUGUCGGUCAUGGAACCGUUGGCCAUUCUGGGAAUGUGGGCCAUGGCGGUUCAUUGGGCCAUGGUGGAUCCGUAGGACACGGACACGGUGGAUCUGGAGGCCACAACUCUGGACAUGGCCACGGCCACGGCCAUUAGGGUGAAUCCUUCAAGGACCCUACUCAAUGGAUAAAGAAGUGUUUAGCUGACACCUUAAACCCAUAUCACAAUAAAAACUUCGUAUCUCGAA